UUGACAAGUCAAAGUCAGCUGUCAAGUUGAAGUUAAAACCGGAAGUCUGCGCGAGAGUUGCGAAAACUUCGUACAAAUAAUGACCUUUGCGUAGAAAGUUAGGAACAAUAAAAAACUAGUGUUAAGGAUUAACGUUAAGUGUAACAAUGUAUUUAGCAUGGCUAACGUUUCUAGUGCUGGCUACAGAGGGCUGGGCGCAGGACGACGACGAUGGGCCCUACCGCGGCAAGCUGCUCGGGAAACUCAACUCCUACCAUCACCAGGUGACGGGAGAGGUGUAUGCGGUGGAUGACUGGAGGCUGCUGCUAGUCAACUUCAACUAUGAUGGCACAGGGGACGACACCUUCUUCUGGGCUGGUGACUCAGCACGCCCCGGUCCACAAGGUUUCAUUGUGCCUGAUGAACACGGCAAGACCAACAUCCUGGAGCGGUACUACAACGCCGAGGUGCGCAUCUCGCUGCCGGAGGGCAAGCGCGUGUCGCGGCUGAAGUGGUUCGCGGUGUACGACAUCGCGUCGCAGAACGCGUUCGGCGACGCGUACGUGCCGGACGAGUUCGAGGCGCCGGCGCCGCAGACCGCCGCGACCCUGGCCGGGACCGGGGUCUCCAGCGCCACGCUGCAGCUGCUCGACGCCAAAACUAUCCUGGUACCGGAGUUCCGGUACGACGGCGCGGGCGGCGAGGCGUACUUCUGGGCCGGCGCCGGCCCGCAGCCCAGCGCGCGCGGCUUCAAGCUGCCCGACGAGUACGGAUACCUGGAGCCGAUCCCCGCGUACCGCGGCGCGGACGUGCGCCUGACGCUGCCGGGCGCACACACGCUGUUCACGAUCAGCUGGCUCGCCGUGUGGGACGCCACCUCGCGACGCGCACUCGCCUCCGUGCUGCUGCCCGAGCGGCCCAACGUGCCCCCGGCGCUCACCACCCUGCACCCGCACAGGUCGACGCUGCCGUCGUGCCGCCAGCUGCACCGCGACCUGCAGGUCAGCUGGGAGGUGUUCGGUGUCCAGCUCACAAUACAACUCGCCGGCAAGAUCGGCGAUAACGAGUACAUGGCGUUCGGGAUUUCGGGCUCGAGCACGCGGUCGCAGAUGGAGGGCGCGGAUGUGGCCGUCGCCAGCUUCGAACCCAAGUACCAGCGCGGACGUGCCACCGACUACAACAUCACCGCUCUAGCACCGUGCGUGCAAGUGUUAGGACAGUGGCGCGGCGUGUGUCGCGACGAGCGGCUCGGGGCGCAAGACUCCAACCAAGUGUUGACAGCCUCGAGGAUAGAUGGCGUCACCGUCGUCACCUACAGGCGGACCCUGCAGCCCUCGGAGCCGAUCGACCGUGAGUGGGUGACGGACAAGCCCAUGUCCGUGGUGUGGGCCGUGGGGGCGCUCGACGCCGAGGAGGAGCCCACGUUCCACCGUCUCUGGCCGCGCGUCGACGUCGCGCUCAACAUCUCGCAGACUGCAGACCAGUCCGCCGACGACUGCGUGGAGUUCAGCGUGGGCUCUUCGUCAGCGCCCACACCGUGGGAGACGGCGGAGCUGUUCGACCCGGCGCUGCGCGUGUUCUCGUUCUCGCCGGGCCCGGCGGGGGGCGCGCGGGGCGUGGCGGGGAGGGGAGCCGCCGGGGGGGGAGCGGCCGGGGAAGGGGGAGGGGGAGGGGGGGCUCCCCUCGCGUGGUACGUCAACGGCCAGCUCGCGCCUGAUCUACAGAUACGGAGGGGACUGCACUAUACUUUUAAGGUGUUCGGCGGCAACAACCCGCACUCGGCGCACGAGUACCACCCGCUGAUCGUGUCGGUGGACCCGCGAGGCGGGCUCGAACAGCUGCCCGAGGCCGCACAACGCGCCGUGCGGGUGCUGGCGGGGGUGCACUACACGCGCCGGGGCCGCCUCACUGCCACCGCAGCGGGCCCCCUGUGCCUGGCGUCCCACGCGGCGGGUGCGGACCCGCGACGCGCGUCCGACUUCGCCACCUUCCGCGCCUUCAACCGCACGCUGCAGUGGAGCUGCGCCGCCGGACCCGCCGCGGAACUGCAAGUCGCCCCCAACGACACCUGGCCCGACCUCGUGUACUACAACUCCUUCACGCACGCCGGUAUGGGCGGACGUAUCUUCGUGGUGGACCGGCCGAAACGCAACCUCAACAAGAAGGGCAACGGCGCGGCGCUCGCCGGCGCCAGCCUGGCGCCGCUGCUGCUGGGAGCGCUCGUCGCCGCCGCGAGGCUGUAGUGUAGAGACAUGUGUACAACUGUACACGACCCGCGAGUCGAGGCUUCAUCGACUUUCGUCCUCCUUAUAGCGUAAGAGCUUCUUGCAUCCGUCCACUAGUUUUAAGUAUUACUCGUACAUCACAACCAGAGAUUCAACGUUGAUCCUAGGGGCGAUUUGAAAAUUGGCGAUAAACCAUGUAAGAACAGACAUUGAAUUGCGGAAUUAGGCUGUUUGGCCGUGACGUGACAGCAAUUUAAUAUAUGUAUAGGUAGCGAAUAUUUCGUAGAGGCGUGGGUUGUACAAUGUAGUGAGUUGUGAAAUUGCAUGGAGAAAUUAUGAAUGAAUUCAUUGAUAAAUUCGCCAUUCACUUUUACGGCUGAUGGUAUAUACAUACCACAUACGCACGCACCUACUUACAUAUUACUCGUAAAAUAUCGUGUCAUCAUUGUACACAGUCGACGUCAAAGAUAUGUUUACAUGUGGCGCCUUAUUCCAUUAUUACAAAGAAAGAAGAAGCAAAAGUAUAAAUAUAAAUAUCUUCGACGUCGACUAUAGGUACUUCCAUUAAUAUGUGGACAACACCGUAUUGUAUUAGGUACUCGUAUAUUAAUUCGUCUUUGAAAUUAUACACGUUUUGUUACGUAAUAUCUAAAUAACAUGUAUUGGUUUCUAUGGUUUCUAUUAAAACGUCUUCUCAUCUUGCCUUUUAAUAAUGAGGUCGCGAGCGUGCGUCGCCGGUAAUAUAUGAAGGGAAGGGGCAGUUUUUAAAAAUUCAUCAAAAAAUUGUGGUAAAUUAUACAAAUUGAUGUAUAAGAAUAGUUUCAGCAUAUGUUGUAGAUUGUUUAAGUAUCAAAAUUACGUCGAAAAUAAGUUGAUUUUUGAGUAGAGUUUUGAGGUCAUUUCUGGAGAAAAUUUAAUUCGUUUAACUUUCAUUUCCUCGAAAUGUAAUCUGAUAAAAGUCAAGUACAGAAUAUUUGUAAUACAAAUUUACCAUUUUUAGCAGUGCAAACUUUACGAAAUUUACAAAUAAGAGCGACAAAAUCAGUGCUUUACGCGCGUUUACCUUAACGUCCAUCGGAAAAAAAAUUAUUACUAAUUUUGUCUGUUUUCAAAAUAUUUAUCUGAUAAAAGGCAAGAUAAGAAGACGUGCUAAUAGAAACCAGUACUUGUUAUUUCAAUUAGGUAACAAAAGGUGUACAAUUUCAUCGACGAAAUCUAUCAAUUUUACAUUUUUGCGACUAAAAUCGACACCAGCCUCUUAAGGCCAUGUCAGCUCAUGUGUAUGUACAUAUUUAUUGGCAAAUUAGUCGCAUCGGUAUUUUAGAAUGUGACUUAUUUAUGUCAUUUAUAAUUUACGUUGCGUUUUAGAUUUUAAGGUUUGA